AUGGGCUGCAAGGCUCGCCCGGGGCCACCGCGCCCUGGGCACACCCUGGGGCCGGCGGCUGCGCCCAGCCUGCAGUGGUCACCUCUGAAAGUCCUGAGGUCCCAGCUGGCCCACGGAGCCGCCCACGGCAGACGGGCAGGGGUCUGUGCGCCCCCUUGGCCACGCCAGCCCCCCGACAGCUGCACCUCCGUGCAGCAAGUACACCCUGAGGGUCCGAAACCAGUAAGACGGUCGCUGCCGAGACCCCACACCCUGCAGAGGCGGACUGAUGGAGGCCCCCCCCCGCCGGGCACGCACACCGGCACCACACCCGGGGAGGGAGCGCGCACCACCCCGAGCUGUAACAAGUCCCACCUGCUCUCGCCUCCCCCGGACGCCGGCACUCGCACGCCCGCCCCGAGCACCUGUGCGCGGUCUCGCUUCCCCCCUGGGGGCCGGGAGCGCAGACCCUGCCUGGGGCAGGCAGCACGCCUCCUGCUGAUGUGGUCUCCGUGGUCCUCCAGCGACCACGCACCUCUGCCGGCGGCUUUGCCGCGGGAACCUCGGCGGCCUGUUGCUUCCUCACCGGGCGAACGGCCGGCCGCUCGAGCCCAAAUAACCGAUCCCCCUGGAAACAGGGCAGCACCCUUGGCUCUGCACCCCCUGCUCGAGGACACGGGGACGAGACACGCCCUGUUCCCAGGACCAGAGUCGGGACGGCGACGGGCACCGCCCACCUGGGGGGCCGGCUCCGGAAGUGCCGGUGAGCUCGCCCCAGCUCCCCGGCCGCAGAGGAGUGACAAGGACACGGGCGCCCCGCGGACUCUGGUGCCCCUGUGGCGCGACGCCCGUGUCACCACCGCCCUCAGAGAGGCCCUGCAGCUGCCCACACGGCCCCCAGAGGACGUGGGUCGCCGUCUGCCCAAGGCCGCCCCUCUGACCGGGCCCCCUCCAGAGCAAGCACGCGGGGCCCCCGAAGGCUGGCACCCGAUGCUCCGGGCGGCCGGGAGUCGCCUCGACAGGAGCGCCGCGCGGGAGGGAGAGGCCCGCCAACGGGACUUAAGUUUAAACGGGCUCGCCCCUGCUGCACGGCAGGUGCUGCUCCGGCUCUCAAAGGGGCCACUGCCCAAGGGCCCCCUAAGUGCCGGCCAGUCCACCGGGGGGCGUUCCCGGACCCGGGCGGCCGCCACCACGCCACCCGGCGUGGACGAGCCCCCCUCCCGGUGCCGGCCGGGGUCCCCUGGUGACAGAAGGUGCCUCGGGCAGGCUGACCGGGAAGGACCGCUGCUGCGACAGCCACCUCGUAGCUGCUGUGCCCACGACAACAGUGCCCACGGCCCCCCGACGCCGCGGGACGGAGCCGAGACGACCUGCUGCCUCAGCGGCGAGUGCCGUCAGCCGGACCCCAGCCAGGGAAACGGGGAAAGCGCCCCUCCCCCCUCCGUGCGCGGGCACGACAAUGAGGUGCUGGUGGCUGGAAGCUCACGGGCUCCCCCCGCUGCCCAGAUGUCAGACGACCUGAGUUUCCAGGACUCGACGCUGCUCGGCCUCGGUGAGGGGCGCCAUGCGGAGCCCGGCCGAGACGGACCCCAGUCUCCUGGGCUCAGCGCGGCGUCUCAGCCGGCCCGGGACCAGCAGGAGCGGAGACCCUGGGUGCUCGUCAGGGAGGCCGAGUCCGAUGGCACCGAAGGAGACCCGGGGUCCAGUGGCACGGCCGGGUCCGGAGACCACCCAGCGACCCCGGACGAAGGGGACGCCCCAAAGAGGGCACUCCGCCGUGGUGCCACAGCCAGGGCCGCGACAGGCAGAAAGGUGCCUGGGCGCCCGGCGCCGCCUCUCGCCGAGGGCCCGAGCCUGCGUUUCCUGACACUCCCAGCCGGCUGGCCCCGUCACCGGCUGCGACCAGCGGAGCGGAGCGCACAGGACCCGUGUCUGCCCAAGCCCGGCCUCCAGGAGCCCAGCGACUUGGCCCCGGCCUCCCGGAGACUGAGCCAGCGGAGCGGCCCGGGCCUGCCACCGGGCAGCACCCCUGAAGCAGGAAGCUGGGGUGACAAGCCUCAGGAGCAGAGGCGCUGUGCCUCCAGGGCCACCUGCCUCCCGGGGCUGGGGGUGCCCUGCGCUGGGGCUGGCUGUGCCCCCCCUCCCCACUGGUUUCUGAUGCGGCUCACGGGCACGCGCUGCACCGCCCUGGUCCCCAAGGGCAGCGAGGGCCCGGGCGUGGACAGCACCCCUCCCUGUGCCCAGGCCAACCCCCCACCGGCCGGGCCGGACAGACAGGAGGAGCCGAGGGCCCGCACGCUCCCCGACACUGGGGCCCCCCGACACUCGGACCUGGCCACUGAGUGGGCUCCAAAGACACCAGCAAGACUAAACUGGCUAAAACCAGCCAAAACCAAGACUCUCGCAGUCCAGCCAGGCUCAGAGCAGACGUUCAUGGGCCGGACGAGCGCCCGAGACCCACGCGGCGCGGGCUCCGAAGCUCAGCUCAGCGCCGCCGCCGCCGCCGCGGAGAAGCCCCGGCCGGACUUCCAGCUCCCCCGUUCCCGGCCCCCCGUUCCCGGCCCCCUGGAGCCGGGGAUUCUGCUCUGUGCCGGGCCGGUGCUACAGACGCGCGUGACCAGCGGCCACGCGGAGCAGCUGCUCAAAGAGGAGGAAACUUCGGCGCAGCCACCGGCAGCCCAGCACCCGCCCCGAACACCCGGCUGUGGCAGCGGCUGCGGGAGCUCAGCCGACGACCCCCCCGGCCAUGCCCAGGGAGACUUCCGAGGGUCAGUUCCAGGUCCCGCCCUGUCCGGGGCUUCCCGAUGGACCGGGGGUGCCUUUGGGGGGCCUGCCUCCCUCAGGCUGGAGAACCAGCCCUGCCCACAGAACCGCCCCCCCCGGACUCCAGGCGCCCUCACGAGCGAGAAGGGGCAGCCCAGUGACGCCACGGAGGCCGUGGCCCUCCCCACACCCGACGUGGACCCCCAGCCCCCAGCCCGGGGGACAGGUUUCCACUGCAAAGGCUGCUCCGGGGCACGUGCCGGGCGCAGAGCCCGGGGGGACCAGCAGGACAGCCCCCGGAGGCGGAACGGGCACCACCCUGGGGCCAUCUUCUCAGGCUACCCCAGCAGGCCCCGAACCUUCGGAGAGCCUCCAGGGCCCUCUCCCCGGGAGACGGCCGGGGGCCGAGGCCGGGGCGCUGCCCAGCACCUCCCCCCCGAGAGCCCCAGAAUCUCCGAGGUCCGGGGACAAUGCUUCGAGGAGGCCACCGGGGAGGCUGGGACGGCCCCCGCGGGAGCUGGCCACCGCAGGACGAGCCGGAGCCACGGGGGGACACAGACUCACAGCCGCCCACCGGCCCGGCGCAAGGCGGAGCACCGCAGCAGCCGCGCCGACCGCUGA